AUGGUGAGAAUCGAGUCUACUGUAGAACAAGCGGCAAGAAUCAGGAGAAGUAGAAGAAUUGUUGGAAGAAGAAGAGCUGAAGAUGCUGAAUCUCCAAGAAGUGGAGAAAGAACCAAUCAAAGGAAUGAAACUCAACCUGAACUUCCACGCGACCCAGAGCAACAUAAUGAUAUUGAUCAUGAUAGAGUAAGUGUUCAUACGGCAAGAACAAAUACUACAGAAGAAGAUAUGCAAGAAAAUGGAGGUGCAGGAUUAAUACAAGGAAAUGAGGAAAAUAUGACGAUUGAGGAACUUCGACAGAGAUUGAUGGCAGAACGACGAAGAGAAAAUGAAGAACGUGCGAAUUUGAUACAACGAAAUAAUGAUUUGAGAGAAGAAAAUAUAAUAUUACAAGAGAGGAGAUCAAGAAGUAUCACACGUGCAAGAUCAAGGACAAGAACAAGCAAGAGUUCAUCAAGACAAAGCAGAUCUAACAGGCAAGAUGCUAGGCGAAGACAACCUUUAAGCACCAUUGAAGAAAAUAUACAAGUAGAUGAUAACUUACAGGAUCAACGCGAGGGAAGACGUGCAAAACAAGAUCUAGCAAAUAAUCGAUAUGCACACCCACGUGACCUGCUUCGCGGACAACAAAAUCAAAGAGAUAAUAGACGUGAAAAUGCAAGCGAAUCCCGUCGCACACAUCAUAAUUCAUAA